CUUUUGUGACCGACCACCGGCGAGCGAUCACAGACAGUCGCUGCUGACCUCUGGUCCGUCUGUUUAAUCCGCCGAAAGCCGUUGCAGUGAAGAGUUUGUGCGCGCACGCGUCUUCGUUUCGCUUUAUCAUAAUCAGCAGCCAUCAGCCGCACAGUUGACUUGUGCUGUGGGCCGGGAGGGGUCUAACUGAGCCAUCGCGUUUGACCAUUAAAUUUAGUGCCGCGGAUGAAAGUGAUUUGCGCUGCUCGUUUACCAAGUGUACUAUACUUUACGCGUUUGCUUGCGGUUCGUGCACAGAGCAGACCUCGGUUUGAAUUGCAUCCACAGUUUAUAAUUACCUACCUAUAUAAAUUGAACAGAUAAAACCACUUAUUCAAAAUGGGAAAUGCAGGAUACACAUGCAUUCGAAGAACAUUCUGUUGGCUCAAUAUAAUAUUAUGGCUUUGCAGUUGUGCUUUCUUGGGUGUCGGCGUGUGGCUACGUCUGUCGUACGAGGGCUAUGCCACGCUGCUGCCCGAUCACCAGGUCUUGAGCGCAGACUCGAUUUUCUUAGCGAUCGGUGUGAUCGGCUUUGUUGUAUCAUUCUUUGGUUGCUGCGGCGCUUGGGUGCAAUCGCGUUGUCUCUUGGUGUUGUACUUCCUGUUGAUUGUCAUGCUUUUCUUGAGUGAAUUCCUCAUCGGUGCGAUUGCUUUUCUGUUCCGCGGCGGUUUGGGACGCACCUUUGCCAACGAGUUGCGUUUCGGUAUUGAACGUCAUUAUAAUGCAUCGGAUCGUGGCAGUUUGAUUGCCCCAUCUGUCGCCGCCAUCUGGGAUAGUGUGCAACAAUCUUUCGAGUGUUGUGGUGUGUCCUCUUAUGAAGAUUGGUACGAUAUUCAGUCGUGGAGCGGAAAACGUUGGGUGCCUGAAUCAUGCUGUCGGCCAUCGGAGGCGCGUAGCAUAUUGACGGAGGGAUCUGGAGAUAGUUUUCUGCGAGUUGAUUGUGGGAAAUCCGAAAAUCCCGCGCUCUGGUGGAGUAAAGGCUGUGCCCACUCCUUGCAAGCCUGGUUCCAGGGGCAGCUGAAUAUCGUUGGCGCUGUCGGUUUAGGCAUUGCAUUCGUACAACUUUUCGGCUUAAUUACAUCGAUGCUGCUAUUCUGCACUGUUAAGCAUAAACGUGAAACUGAAACAUACAAAUCCUAUUCGCCAUCGAUUGAUCCGCAGACACGAACGAGUAGCUGGGAGGACUGAAGCCGACUUUAGCAGCGUGCUAAGAGCAACGAUAGUAUUCUUAUCAUAUCUUAUUGAUUAAAGACAUUUAAUUAAGAUAUUUAUAUAACACGAUUUGAAGCAAUGAAUAACGAAUAGCAUAAGUAACUAAAAUACUUGAUAAAUGUAUUUAGUAGUAAACAAAAAAACAAAAACAAAAA